CAUAUUUUUAACCUCUCUUCACAGAUCGUCUUCUGCCCACUGGUAGGCCUUCAGACUCGUGUAACCCUGAAGGUGUUACAGAUCUAUAGGCAGGCCUGUCAUUUUCGUCUGCAUUAAUGGGCGUUAUGAUUUGCAUCUCCCCAAGAGGGUGUGCAACACAUGCCAUUACGAAUGGACACCUGAUUGGGGAGACCUCAUUAGAAGACGGUUACUGGCCAGCUUCUGUGAACGGAGACACGUUAUAUUCCACGGAUGUCUUCAAAUCUUUUGAGGACCUGAAGACUGUGGCACCAGGUUUGUCCAGACAGGCCUUUUUACAGAUGCUGGAACGGAGGACACAGCAUUAUGGGAGGACAGGAAAAAUCCAUGGAGAUGUCUUCCAAAGAAGCUUUCUGGAGUAUAUGGCCUGCCAGUACGAGUGCCAGAAAAUGACGUGUGAGGAACCCUUCUCAUGCCCAGCUUGUACUCCCAAAAUGUUGGCUGUGUCAGUGGAUGGGAAUAGGAAGCAGUACCGUUUCCGACAGUCACAGAGGAUCGAUGAACCACUUUUUAAAGGGCCGUUCAUCAUGGAAUACUCGGCUGUCACAGACUUUGUUGACAAAGUCAGAACAAAUGUAAAAUGUGAAAAGGUACAUGUGGUACCAGCCAGUGGUCAGCUGCUCGAAAGACAGCAAGAAGAGCCAGCAGGCUUGAUGAAGAGGGGUUAGAGGUGGCUGUAUGUAGACAUGGAGUGCUACUGAAAUCUCUCAACAUGUUCAGAGGAGAAAUAUUUGCCUACCCCUUGUUCCUUCAAACGCAGUUUCAAGCUACAAACGUGCAUUUUUAUUGCACAGAUAUUGCUUGUAAAUACUGGCCUUACCUCGAGAAAGUGGCAAAGACAAUGCCAGAACUGCAACCUUUGCUGAGCAUGCAACCGUUUCUCUCGGUCAUGCAUGCCAAGGCCCAUUCCACAAAGUGUGAGAUUGUGUGGAGUGGGAGAAAUUUGGAGGGUGCUGGUUCGACGGCCGGGGAAGAAGUGGAGAUGGUGAACAGCUUUCUGUCACGUUGUGCCAUCACAACUAAGUACAUGACAAAAUCAGCUCGCAAUGACAUGUUGACUGUCCAUGCAAUGGGAUGGAACAGACGGAAGCAGGAAAACCUUCAUGUGGUGUUGGCCAAGAGAUAUGUCAAGACAAUCACAAUGUUGGAGGGUGAGACUCAAAAAAUGAAGGACACCUGCAAAGAGCUUGGAUGCCCUGAGGACAAAGUACAACAAUGGGUUAAUGAUGUUAGAGACUGGGCAACAAACGACAACACAUCAGGUGACAAUCAGUCUCUCCAGAUGUCCAUUGAGCAUCUAUUUCUAGGGCUGUGCCAAAAGAAAGCUUGCCUCUAUAGACAGACUGACAGCAAUAAGAUUCGGCAGUUGCGUCGCAAAAGGUUAAGGGAGGAAAAGACCAAACUCUUAGCGGCAAUACGCCAGUACAACACCGGACAGCCUCCUGAAACAGAAAUCCAGGAAGAAGAGGUGGAGAGAAGACUGUCUGCAGAACAGCAAACAACAGACAGUCUAAUAUGGCCAUGGGAAGUGCAAAGUGAUGAAUCGGUGUCCAUUUUGGCCCAAAAAAAAGUCUUCGAUGCCUACAUGGGCAAAAGGAGACUUGUGGAGGAGAGGGCCAUAAUUGUGAGGGAGAUGAGGCAGCACUGCCUUUAUCUGAGAAGUUAGGCUGACAAGAUCAGGAUGCAGAUGCAACAUGUGUCAUGUGGAGGACAUAGUGACAUGACUCAAGAAGGGAGAGAUGGAUUAGCUAGUCUUCUAAAGAAAAUACUUGCUGACGUGGACACACACAUCCAGCAUCUCUCUUCGGCCUACAGCCUGGCAAUCGGACCAAAUGCCCCUCAAUGGCCUGAUGACUCUGUGGAGAACCAUGACCAAGACAGUGACAUCAGUGAUGACAGUGAGGAAGACCCUGAUGAGGACAUCACACACACCCUACCCCCACCUUGAGGAAAGGACGCUGGGGCACAGCGUCUCUCUCCCCCACCCUACCCCCUCCUUGAGGAAAGGACGCUGGGGCACAGCGCCUCUCUCCCCCACCCUACCCCCUCCUUGAGGAAAGGAUGCUGGGGCACAGCGCCUCUGUCCUCCACCCUACCCUCUCCUUGAGGAAAGGACGCUGGGGUACAGCGCCUCUCUCCCCCACCCUACCCUGAAGGACACUAGGGUGUACAGCAGGGGUGGCCAACCAGUUAGAGGUUGAGAGCCAAUAAUUUCCCUGCAUUACUGCAAAGAGCCACAUCAUACACAUAGGCACACAUGCUGGGUGUAUGUCCCCCCCGCCUCUCUCUCUCCUUUCUGUGUGCUCCCUCAGUCUCUUCCUCUGUGUGCCACUCUCUCUCACACAUAGAACAUGAACAUCUAAACAUUUACAAUAAUUGACCCACACACUCGGACACACCCUCCCUCACACAGACACACAUACCUCUGCUCAGUCAGAAUUCUUGUUAAUGUCACACACCAUGAUAUUGACUGAAAUGUACUUAACCUCUCCUACCAGUAUUAAGACCAGAGGCCAGUUAUCGUCAACCAAUAACAUUGUGUGCACUCUCACACACUACCUCUCACUUCAAAUAAUGUGAAAAAAAGUUGUUAUCUUACUAUGCAUGUUGCUUCUUUGAACUAAGUGAACAUUCUGGAAUGAAUUGCCUUGAACAAUCCUUAAAAAUGUGGCUUGUGAGGAAUAUGUAAACGUUUGUAUUUAAAACAAACCCAUGACUAAGGUUGGUUCAAACAUUGCUAUGUAUUGUAUUUUAGUUAAUUAUCCUCACAUGAUGGAGGAUCUGCAUUAUGAUUGGCUAAAUCACUUCUGUGUUGAAAACUCUGUAACGAUUGGCCUGGAACUUGUGUGUUGUUUACCCUUUGUGAACUGGGAUACAUAUGCGCAAAAAAACACACAAAAUUAAAAUUCUAUAUGAAUUGAAGUUCACAAACCAUGGUUUACGUGUCAACUCACUAAUUUCUUUGUUGAUGUUCACAUAUCUGUUAUCUGAUUAAAUAAAUACUAUUUUAGCCCACUUCCGUCCAACUGGACAGAUGUUAUCCAAUACCCAUAGUCCGACAGGUAUUCGCCUGGCUUUCUUAAAGUAAAACAGGUACACAAGUUUACAAAAUACAUUUAUUGUCAUGUUUCUCACAC